ACAUAUAAAUUUCCGAUAUAAAUGUAUAUGUAUAUAUUUUAAUUUGUUAUUAACUCAAAUAUAAUUGAUACCGAUCAAUUCAAAUGAAAAACAACAUAUGUAAUAAUGUUUCUACCUUUUUCAUGUUAUCUCCAUUCGUAAAUAACACUGUUACGUCACUUAUCAUUAACACAUUGUAAAUAAAUAUAAUAUGUAAGUCCUUUUUUUUUAUCGACUUUAUUUGCUUAAACUAUCACACGAUAACCGUUCGAGAAAAUUUAUCUGAUAUUACAUUGUAAUAAGAUCGCGGUAUAUUUAAAUAAGAUAUUUAUCCACAAAUUCUACGUAUUUAACGUAUUGUGUUCAAGUAUUUAAACAAAUAUGAAUAUUGCUUUGAUAUCGGAAUACUUGGAAACGUACCAAGGAAGAGACAAGUUUUUAAGAACUUUAUCUUACACGGCAAAAUUAGCUACAUUAGGCGCAUCGUCGAAGGAAACUGAAGAAAAAUUUAAAAUAUUUAGUAGUCGGAUGAGUGAAUGCAGAACGGUUUUAAGAUUAUUGGAUGAUAUACCAAUAAUUCAUCAUGCUAUAACUUAUGGAUGGGGGAUGAAGGAGACAGAUUGGUUGAUCAAAUGGGCAGAAUUGGUACACAUUGCAGUGGACAUUAUAUUUAGUUCGAUAGAGCAUAUUUCUUGGGCUGGUGAACAUAAAUUAAUAAAGAUUAAUACCGAAAAAUGGGAUAACACUUCGACAUGGUUUUGGAUAAUUUCCUUACACUUGUCGUUAAUGAAGUCACUGAGAAAAUUAAAAAUGUUCAAUAAUUAUAAAACUCAUCUUGGAGAAGCUAAUUGUGAUACACAAAUAGCCCUGACAACAGUUAGUAGACAAGGUUGGAAUGAAUUAUUGACUUCUGUACGAUUAAUAUUAGAUAUUAGUUUUGCAGUUAGUUAUUUACCAUCCGGUGUACUUUGGGGAGGCCAAUUAAAAACUUGGCAAGUUGGAGCACUCGGCACUUUGUCUUCUUUGAUUGGUUUAUAUCAAGCGUUUAGCAAACGGAUGGAACAGAAGAAAUAUUUAUAAUGAUAUACAAAUUUUGUACAAAGAUACUAUACUCUAUUUAGAGAAUAGCUAUUAGUAUUGUAAAUAUAGAUAUUUACAUUUUAUAUUAAACAUGUUGCAUUAAGAUUGUAAAAUAAAUUAUAAAAAUUGAAAAAAGAAAUACUUUACAAAUCAGUUUCCUCGUUCAAUGUAAGAUACACGUUUGUACAUUACACAAUGAUACAAGUUUGUUAACAUAAUAAAGAACAAUUUAUUACUUUUAA